UGAUUUUAUUGGUAUUCCAGAAUACUGUGAGCACAACUACACAGAGCGGGUCUGGGACAAUGACUGGGACAGGUCUACAGUUGAGGAAAAGGGUUAUGUAACAGAGUCCCUAAACCCAUCCCUUUAAAAAAGGCCCAAAGGCUUCCAGUUUUCUUUAACCAAUCAGACCUGACCUAAUAUUUUUUCCCCACACCCAGACAGAUAUUUUUGCCGCCACUAUCAUCUCACCUGCAGGAUAAUGAGCCAGCAGUUAUGUCAUGCAUUACAAUAGAGGCAUGAUGCAACUUGAAGUGGGCGUAACUCCAAAAGUGACAAUAAAUCCAAUGUCUCUAUAAUAAAGGUUCAGUGUUCAAGAAAGUGUGCGGGCUUCCAAAAUGGACAAGAAAGCGGCUCUUCUGAUUGGCGGAGCCGGGGUCGCUGUUCUGGGACUCGGGCUCGGAUAUAAAUACCUGCGAAAGCCAGAAAAAGUUGUGCGUGUCGGCGUAGUGUCGCAGCUCCUCAUUCACCCUCUCAAAUCCGGCAGAGCUUUGUCUGUGGCUCUCGUAGAGUGUCAGAAAAUCGGUUUGAAGUUUGGGGAGAUGCAGGAUCGACACUGGCUGGUGGCGACAGAGGACGGUCACAUGGUGACGGGCAGACAUGAGCCCCGGCUGGUGCUGGUGUCUCUGACCUGCGAGGGAGGUCAGGUUUGUUUGAACGGACCAAAUAUGGAGGAGCUGAGGUUCCCCGCAGAACACCCCAACAACCCCGUCAUUGACUGCAGAGUGUUUCGCGCUGACAUUCAGGGCCGGGACUGUGGCGAGGAAGCGUCUCAGUGGCUCACUCGCUAUCUGGGGGCAGAGAAAACCUUCCGCCUGGUGCACUUUGAACCCCAGAUGAGGGCCAGGAGACCCGUGGAGAAGGAGCCUCUCUUCCCACAGUACGAGCAAGUGGCGUACACAGAUGUCGCACCUGUGAUGCUGCUGUCGGAGGCCUCCGUUAAGGACCUCAGCGGCAGGUUAGGGAAGGACGUAACUGUGGACCGUUUUCGCCCAAACAUUGUGGUUGGUGACUGUGAGGCAUUCGAUGAGGAUUUGUGGGAAGAGAUCCAGAUUGGCAGCGUGCGACUGCAGCGUAUAUUGUCGUGUGGAAGGUGUAUGUUCACCACAGUUGACCCUGAAACUGGAAUCAUGAACAGAAAAGAGCCUUUGGAAACACUGAAAAGCUAUCGUCUGUGUAAACCGUCCGAGAAGCACAUCUACAAGACGUCGCCGCUGUUCGGACAGCUGCACACCGUGAAGAAGACCGGGAUCCUGCAGGUCGGCGACGUGGUGUACAAGAUCAGCCGCUGAUAGAGGGAGUCGGAGAGGGUAAAACAUGGUGUCAAAACAUUCAGUCGCUUCUCUGAAGGACGGAGAAAGUCGCUGUAUAAUCACUGUGUUAACCCACAUUAAAGAAAGCCCUUACAUAGAUGUACUACGCACAAAUAAUGAAGAAAAAAAGUACAAAUAUGUAACAGUUGUAUUAAGUUUAAAAUACAUCAAUAAUCAAGUUGUUUUUUUUAUUACUAUAAUACUAAUGGAAUCUGAAUUAAACACAUUUCUAGUCACAUUUCUGGUCAUUAAAUCCUAAUAGUACACGAUGCCAUUAAUGAGAGAAAUGAAAAGGCUCCAGUUUUUGCAAUAAAAUACAGACUGUGCAAUUAUUCAUCAGAUAAACAGGACAGAGAAACAACAACAACCUCUGGGAUUAAAAAUCUGUUUGAAUCUGAUAAUCUGUUUAAUUAUAAACAUCCCCCCAUUUAAUGCUCUUAACAUUUUAAUGUCUUAUUUUAAGGCAUGUGUUUAUUUAAAAAAAGAACAAGCCUAAUUUCAAAUUUUUUUUUAAAAACAUUCUUAAACAUUCUCAAUUAUAUUUGAUAUAUUUUUUAGUUUUUCUCAUAGUGGUAUUUUGGAUAUUGGUUGUAUUUGAGAUGUUAAUGAAAAACUGCUCAGUGUGUUUCAGUUUGGGAUCCAUGCUGUGAAUGUUUAAAGCCGCUGUAUAAAAACAGAGCUGAGCCUGUUCUGUGUCACCUGUCAAGGUCAAUAUUUCCCAGCUUCCCUGUUCUCAUGUGUUUGAUGCUUUAAUUUAGGAAAAACUUCCAAAGUUUCCCCAGCAGCAUGUCAGUGGGUCGGGGACAAACAUGCUGAAGCUUCUGAUGGAAACAAAGAUCAAACCUGUGACCUUUCAGUUAAUGGGGGAAAAACCUGUGCAGCCCGUCAGUGUGGAAGAUUGAUGAACUAACAGGUGGAGGUCUUUUACAUCCAAAUAUUCUUACAUUACCUUGAGUGUGAGCAGUUGCAGCAGUGGUGGCGCCUGUGACACUCAACAGUAGUUACACAGCACGGCCAGCAGGGAGCAGCAGCCUUUUCUUCUCCACAGUUAGAGCCUGAAGAUGUUUCUGGAUAUUUGUUUAACAACCAGUAAAUUUGUGUUGCAGUGGGGGAAAAAAACCUCUUUGCAGCAGUGACAACUCAGCAUGGUGAUCAUCUGGUUUAUUUCGAACUGAUGUAUGAACAUAAAUGAUGGUGGAGCUUGAUUUGUUUUAUAUAUUUCUAGAAUCAUCCAUUCAAAUGCAGCAGCGUGUUUCUUUUUAAUGAUUCCAGCACUAUAUCCAUUCAUCCAUGAGGCUUAUUUGGUUUUCUUACAUCAUGUGCAACAAGUUUAGCAACUCACUUUGUGAUUUAAUGGCAGUUUAUGUGUUAAGAGGAAGAGAUUCACUGUCAUAACACAUGUUGAUUAAUGAGCUUUACUGGUACUGAUAAAUACCAGUAAACUCUUGGCAAGAAAGUAAAAAAACAUGUUGCCUGGGAUUGUCCUCACCGCGGUAAGGAAGAAAGAAAAGGACGUUCAAUAACAGCAGAGAAGCAAUGGUUAGAAUACAUAUAAUAAAUAUUCCUUUCCUUUUAUGGCCCAAAGUGUUUGUAAUUUCAGUAGUUCACAGUAUAAAUAAAGUAAAAACAACAGUC